AUGUCAACAAGAGCGAAUUCCACCAAUGCAAGAUACAAAACAAAGAAAACACGAGACCUUCCGGCAUUAGUCUGUCCCCCAUGCGGUUGUCAAUGUAUGGGUAAAUCAGGCCUAACUCUACACCGAAUGUCACGUCACGGGUAUCAACCUAUUCGCGCGCACACCAGCCAACGUAACGAAUGCGAAGAAACAGCUCUGCACCUCUUGAGUUGCCCCACUCUUCACCCACUGCGAGUUCAAUUUGCGAUAGUUGAUGAUAUACCCCUGAUGAAACUAUGUUUUUCUAAGCGGUUAGCAAAAUUCUUUAUUGCGGUGGAGCGGAACUACACUAUGUCACAGUUUUCACAACCAAGAGAAACCCUACGCAGCCCACCUCCCCCUCUGUAA